UGUCCCAAUGUUCUCGAGCGCCAGCUCCAGAGCUUUAUCAUCUGUUCCAAGAGCAUCCUAGGCAACAAGGCUUCCAUCAGCCAGGGAGAUGCAGCGAGCAAAGCUACAUCAGACUUCGCUUCGACAGCUCCACCUGCCGUGUUCUACGGACACCUCCUCAGCCUCACCCACCCUGCAGGAAGAGAUGAAGGAGACAGAUGGCAGCCUCCUGGGCGACCCCAGCCAGACGCCCCUGGGCAAGAAGGAGACCACCAAGUGGCAGAAGCCUCGCCUGACCCGCAAGGCCCUGAUGAAGUGCUGUUUGGUGAGGUGGAUCCUGUCCAGCGCUGCCCCUCAGGGGUCAGACAGUAGUGACAGUGAACUGGAGCUCUCUGCUGUUCGCCACCAGCCCGAGGGGUUAGACCAACUCCAGGCUCAGACCAAGUUUACCAAGAAGGAGCUGCAGUCUUUGUAUAGAGGAUUCAAGAAUGAAUGUCCCACUGGCUUGGUAGAUGAAGAGACCUUCAAACUCAUCUACUCCCAGUUCUUCCCUCAGGGAGAUGCUACCACAUAUGCACAUUUCCUCUUCAAUGCCUUUGAUGCAGAUGGGAAUGGGGCCAUUCACUUUGAGGAUUUCGUGGUGGGUCUCUCAAUUUUGCUUCGAGGAACAGUCCAUGAAAAGUUGAAAUGGGCCUUUAAUCUCUAUGAUAUUAACAAGGAUGGAUACAUCACAAAAGAGGAGAUGCUGGCCAUCAUGAAAUCCAUUUAUGACAUGAUGGGUCGUCACACGUACCCCAUCCUGAGGGAAGAAGCCCCAUUGGAGCACGUGGAAAGGUUCUUCCAGAAAAUGGACAGGAAUCAGGAUGGAGUGGUAACCAUUGAAGAAUUCCUAGAGACUUGUCAAAAGGAUGAAAACAUCAUGAGUUCCAUGCAGUUAUUUGAGAACGUGAUCUAGAAGGGAGAAGCAUUCAGCUGCCACCCUCCCCAGCCUCUGCCUCGGAAGGCCACCUUCACACUGACAGGCGCCUCCAUCACAAGAAACUUUUUUUUUGUUUUUACUAAUUUACAAAAAAAAAAAGGAAAAAAACAACAACAAAAGUUUGCUA